AUGGCAUCCUGGUCUGUGGAGGAGAUUAAGGAGAGAACAUCCUGGACUUGGGACGACAUAAUAGCAGGAGAGAAGAGCCUGCCAUGGAGGCAGGCGGAAGCAGCAAAGGAGGGACAGCGACGAGGUCGGCGAGUGCAUGUCCCCAGUCAGGUCCAUCCUGUUGCUGCUUCUUGCACUUGCCCUGAGGUGCGUGUCACCAGCCCGGUGCCACCUGUACCGGUCCCAGGCAUCAGGCCUCCAGUGCGCCUCCCCAGUCCAGAGCUUCCAGCGACAGUUCCCAGUCCAGCGCUUCCGGCAACGUUUCACAGUCCGGAACCUCCUAAGACGGUCCACAGUCCGGACCUCCUGAGACGUUCUACAGUCCGGAACCUCCUAAGACGUCCGGAACCUCCUGAGACGGUCCACAGUCCGGAACCUCCUGAGACGGUCUACAAUCCGGAACCUCCUAAGACGGUCUACAGUCCGGAACCUCCUAAGACGGUCUACAGUCCGGAACCUCCUAAGACGGUCUACAAUCCGGAACCUCCUAAGACGGUCCACAGUCCGGAACCUCCUGAGACGGUCCACAGUCCGGAACCUCCUGAGACGACGGUCUACAGUCCGGAACCUCCUAAGACGGUCUACAGUCCGGAACCUCCUAAGACGGUCUACAAUCCGGAACCUCCUAAGACGGUCUACAGUCCGGAACCUCCUGAGACGGUCCACAGUCCGGAACCUCCUGAGACGACGGUCCACAGUCCGGAACCUCCUGAGACGGUCCACAGUCCGGAACCUCCUGAGACGGUCCAGAGUCCGGAACCUCCUCAGACGGUCCACAGUCCGGAACCUCCUGAGACGUUCUACAGUCCGGAACCUCCUAAGACGGUCCACAGUCCGGAACCUCCUGAGACGGUCCAGAGUCCGGAACCUCCUCAGACGGUCCACAGUCCGGAACCUCCUGAGACGUUCUACAGUCCGGAACCUCCUAAGACGGUCUACAAUCCGGAACCUCCUGAGACGGUCUACAGUCCGGAACCUCCUGAGACGGUCCACAGUCCGGAACCUCCUGAGACGACGGUCUACAGUCCGGAACCUCCUGAGACGGUCCACAGUCCAGAACCUCCUAAGACGGUCUACAGUCCUGAACCUCCUAAGACGGUCUACAGUCCGGAACCUCCUGAGACGGUCCACAGUCCGGAACCUCCUGAGACGACGGUCCACAGUCCGGAACCUCCUGAGACGGUCCACAGUCCGGAACCUCCUGAGACGGUCCAGAGUCCGGAACCUCCUCAGACGGUCCACAGUCCGGAACCUCCUGAGACGUUCUACAGUCCGGAACCUCCUAAGACGACGUUCUACAGUCCGGAACCUCCUGAGACGGUCUACAGUCCGGAACCUCCUAAGACGGUCUACAAUCCGGAACCUCCUAAGACGGUCUACAGUCCGGAACCUCCUGAGACGGUCUACAGUCCGGAACCUCCUGAGACGGUCUACAGUCUAGAACCUUCUAAGACGGUCUACAAUCCAGAACCUCCUAAGACGGUCUACAGUCCGGAACCUCCUAAGACGGUCUACAGUCCGGAACCUCCUAAGACGGUCUACAAUCCGGAACCUCCUAAGACGAUCUACAAUCCGGAACCUCCUAAGACGAUCUACAGUAAGACCCAGGCCCUGCGUUUGGAGUGCUGCCCUCUGUGCUCGGGGUCAGAGUGA